AUGGCCCUACCGGGACAUAAGCAUACAGGUUCUUCGGAUCUUGCAUUCCAGUACGAGCGAGAUAUUCAUCAGAUAGAGAAGUUUCUAUUUCGAGAAAGAGACGAUCAAGGACGUCGACUAGAGAAAUACUUGGCCCAUGUUCGAGUUGUGGAGGACUCCAGAUCGCCCAAUCAACGUCCACCAGAAAAUUCGGCUCCAAACAACAAGAAAUACCGGCUUCUGGUCCUCACAGUGAAAAUAUCUGGACGUAUGAGAAUGCAUAAGGCUCGUGAAAGCCCCGAUGGACUCAUUCAAAUUGGACGUACAUGGGACUUUGAUCAAUUAUCAUUAAUAGAUAUAGAUGAGGAUGUUCCAACUGGAUUCGCAUUUACUAUGGGUAAGCGAUACUACUGGGAGACGCAUAGUCCCAAGGAAAGGCGUGUUUGGUUGACCACUGUGUUAGAGCACUUUAUUAGAUACACCAAGGGAGGUGUUCCAGAGUUGGUUAACUGUUCUGUUCAAUACUUCCAUUUGGAUGGUCUCUUGGCUUCUGUGAAGGGGAAGCAUUCCGUAUCUCAGCAGAAGUACAGGUCUAUCCCGGCAGCUCUUGCUCCUACAGCUUCUACUACUUCUUCUGGUUCUGAAACUGCACCUUCUACUGGUGUACAGAAGUCUGCUUCUGUACCUAUACCUAUGAUAGUGCCAGCGUCUGUAUCUGGGUCUACGCGAUCUCCCGUUAAAAAAGGACAUCCUUCGCUGCAUUUUGGCCAUUCUAGAAAUGUGUCAGUCUCUUCUAAUAAUAGUGAAGAAGGUGGUAAGAGAAGAUCCCUGUUGCUGCCCUUUCGAAGAGCUUCUUCAAAACGGAAGCAGGCUGAAAAAGAAGCUGAGAAAGAGAAAGAUAAAGAUCUGGCCGAUAAAGAAAGACAAGAACAGUUACGUAAACAAGUUCUCCAGGAGAAAGAGAGGCAAAUGAAGAUUCAGCAGGAGGAUACGCAAGCUGAGUUACAUAGGCAGAAGCAGCUGGAAAUAGAGAGGGAGCGGGAGCUUCUGCAAAAGAGAGGAAAGGUGAUGAAUGAGACCGAAAGAUACGCUGAUAAUGAUAACUCGUUGGACCGGAAGAAGUCUAUCGCUUCAUCGGUUGAAGAUGGGAGUCUGGAUAACAGUGAAAAUGAAAACGAUUACGACUUUUUGGAGGAUUACGCUGAAAAUGAAAGUCUCGAAGAUAACAUUGUCGAACCUCAUACUGCACCAUUACGUCUUUCCGAGCCCGGUGUGGUCCCCGCUGAUAUGGUUGGCGAUUCUUCCGAUGGACGAUCAAUUGAUGAAACCUUGCCGAAUUCUCGUUAUCGUUCUGUUGAGGACACAUCCGACUUACCCGAUGACAUCAAACAAUUGGUUUCUCCUGUUCAAGAUGAUGGUGACAGCGACCUUGAAGCUAAUGAUGAAGAGCCUGAGAUGCCUCUCGCGCUUGAAGCUACUGACAGUAAGUUAGCUGUCCCGAUAAUAAAUGCCACGUUACAACCUCCUGAACGACUUCAUGCGCGGUCCCGAGCAUUUAGCAGGGUGGAGGAAGAAAAGAAGGACAACGAUUUUUCUGAUUUGUUUGAAGAGAUUGGAUACGAUCCAAUGGUUGAUGACUACAGUAGUUUGGAAAAGAAGCUUCACAAAGAGCUUGAAAGAUUGCAGUAUGAUAAGAUUAAUGCGGCAACUGAGAUGGCCGGUGCCAGCACAUCAUUGAAAAAGUCAAUGGAGGAUGCCCUUGGAGAGUGCGCCAAAAUUGACGCUGGCUUAUCUCUCUUUGGAGUCCAGUUGUCUGGUUUCCAGGAAAAUGUAAGCUAUAUUGAGAAACAGGGACAUGGUUUGCAAGUGGAAACCACCAAUAAAAAGCUUCUCAAGAAGGAGCUUAAAGAGAUUUUAUUCUCUGUUGAUAUUGGUGAGGACAAGCUACGCUAUUUGUUAAGCUUUAAAGUUUCAUUAAAUCAAGAUACUACCAAAAUUGAGCAAGUAUUAGACCAGUUAUACGGCUCUCUGAUGAAGAUGAAAGGUACCUCGUCUCAGGAUCGGGCUGAUUUGUUAUCAAAUAUGAAAGCUCUUCGAGAGAAACGUGCCAAACUUGAGAACGUCUCGCAGACGUUUGUAGCAAACUUGCGCAAAGAUAUCAAGAAAAUAUUCAAAUCUGUAUCAUUAAGCCUUACUUCUAAGUUACAGUCACUGCGAGCAGAAGACUUUCUGACGACUUUCUUCCGUCCAGUGUUGGUCCGAAAAGUCUCAAGCUUGCUGGCACUCAGUGGUAUCUUAGCGUUUGUCAAGCGGGUAUCUCCAGACGACUUUAACGAGAUUCUUGCUAUGUUUAGCGAGAUAUUUCAAGACUUCUACACCAACUUGGGUGAUAAAUUCCUCAAGCAGUUCAAUGCUCAAUUGAGUCAGAUAUCUUUUUCACCAUUCGAAUUUAACAGUGCACCGAAGGAUUUUAUUGACCAAUCUUGUAUGAAGAUGAAGAAUGGAAUUACAACUAAGAGCAGAAAGACUGGAAGUAACAAGAUUUUGGAGGAACUAGGACUUUCUUCUCCUUCGAACACAGCCAAUGACGCCUUUGACCUGGUCACUAGUGAUGAGAAUAGUAGCAAUGGCUCUGAAGAUUUUGCAUCCAACGCUAUGCUGAGUAAUUUACUAAUUAGCUGUAUGAAUGUCAUGGCAUUACAGCAGGAGCUCUUUACGGAGUUGUUCUCGCUCUCUUCAUCAAGUGAUAGCCAAUUUCAAUCCCUCAUCAAGGUGCCAAUGGAACAGCGGAUCUCCAAUUUUGCCAAUAUGGGCGAUUUUCUUGGAGGUGCAGUGGAGACGGAUCGUGAAAUCAGUGAUAGUAUUUAUGAAAUCAUGAAAAGCAUGUUUGGUGGUGUGAUCAAUGACCUGUUCAAGGCACUUUUGUCGAUUGCUAAGCAGAAUAUACUGCAGCCGCCGUCUAUCUUACUUCUCUUGCAGAAUUUAUCUCUUAGUGUGGCCUCUACUAAUCAGGAAUACGUUUACAGUCGAUUCACUAAACUGGAGUCAAGAAUCAGAACAAUUUGGGAGAGGCAGAGUGAAGAGCAGACCCAGAUCAUAUUGAAUACGGAUGUUUUCUGUCGAGUGAUGAAUUUCUCCAAGGCUUUUCCGGUUUACUUCAGGAAGGUUGAGCAAAAUCUCGUGUCUUUGAAGACCGAGAACUUGAGCCAGCUGCCGAUUCAUCAAAAGUUGGUUGGUACCAGUGAACAUUUCUGGGGGGUUAUCACUCGUACGUUGAUUAGGGGUGUCGAAAAUAUUUCUGACGAUUCAUUAAAGGGCAUCUCUGUUGCUUUUCCUGCUGCAGUCACCACUAUUGACGCCGUUGCCGACACUUCCUCGUCGACUAUUGAACUGAAUAGUAUGCGAACAUCUGACAACAUGUACAAACAUUUGGCAUUACUUCUCAACUAUAAAUGGAUGGUGGAUCAGAUGAAGGACUUGUCGCUUAUUCCAUCUAGUAUAAAGAGGGAAGCGGAUGAAUCGAGAUCCAGAGAGUUAGGAGUGUUUACAGAUCAACUUUCAAAAAGGCAUUCGAUUGGAGAGUUGGUGAGAUUUGUCAACGGACUUGAAGGACUUAUUAAAACGAAUACAGAUCCUUCUAAAACCAACUCUUAUUCUGCCCAAAACUUAAAAAAGUUGCUUGAGAGGUUUAAAGGAAACAACCUUAAGGUGAACAUCAAGGAGUUGGCUUCUGAUUUGCAUCAGGAAUUGUCAGGAAAAUGCUGCCGGGAGGGUUCCGUGGAGCAGGAAAACAGUUACAGUUUGGCAGUGUCCAAGGCGAUCGAAAAUGACUUAUUCAACAAUUGCAUGAGCUCACUUUCCGUCCUCUACACUACGACUUUCUCAAAGCUCAAUCCAAUCAUCAAACAGUAUUAUGAGGGAGUGACAAAUCCGGUUGAUAAGAUUCUCAUUAGCUUCAAUUUCAAUAAGGAGUUUAUCAAUUAA